UGCUGACCCCGUAUCAGAAGAGCAGACGUUCCUCGUGGUGGUGGCCAUCGACUUCGGGACCACAUCCAGUGGCUAUGCAUACAGCUUUACCAAGGAGCCAGAAUGUAUCCAUGUGAUGCGGAGAUGGGAGGGUGGUGACCCUGGCGUUUCCAACCAGAAGACCCCAACCACCAUCUUACUGACACCAGAGAGGAAGUUCCACAGCUUUGGGUAUGCUGCCAGGGACUUCUACCAUGACCUGGAUCCCAACGAGGCCAAACAGUGGCUGUACUUGGAGAAGUUCAAGAUGAAACUCCACACCACAGGGGACCUCACCAUGGACACUGACCUGACAGCAGCAAAUGGCAAGAAAGUCAAAGCUCUUGAAAUCUUCGCCUACGCUCUGCAGUACUUUAAGGAGCAGGCACUGAAGGAGCUGAGUGAUCAGGCAGGGGCCGACUUUGAGAAUUCUGACGUCAGAUGGGUCAUCACGGUGCCAGCCAUCUGGAAGCAGCCAGCCAAACAGUUCAUGAGAGAAGCGGCCUACCAGGCAGGCCUGGCCUCCCCCGAGAACUCGGAGCAACUCAUCAUCGCCCUGGAGCCCGAGGCCGCCUCCAUCUACUGCCGGAAGCUGCGACUGCACCAGAUGAUCGAGCUCAGCAGCAAGGCGGUGGUCAAUGGGUACAGCGCCAGUGACACAGUAGGAGCGGGGUUUGCACAGGCUAAGGAGCAUGUUCGGCGAAACCGGCAGAGUCGGACCUUUUUGGUGGAGAACGUCAUAGGAGAGAUCUGGUCUGAGCUGGAGGAAGGUGACAAGUACGUGGUCGUUGACAGUGGUGGAGGCACCGUGGACCUGACAGUCCAUCAGAUACGGUUACCAGAGGGGCACCUUAAGGAGCUCUACAAAGCAACGGGUGGACCCUAUGGAUCUCUGGGAGUAGACUAUGAAUUUGAAAACCUGCUUUGUAAAAUAUUUGGAGAGGAUUUUAUCGAGCAGUUCAAGAUCAAACGCCCGGCAGCCUGGGUGGACUUGAUGAUCGCCUUUGAGUCUCGCAAAAGAGCGGCUGCGCCGGAUCGCAGCAAUCCCCUGAACAUCACGCUGCCCUUCUCCUUCAUCGACUACUACAAGAAGUUCCGGGGCCACAGCGUGGAGCACGCCUUGAGGAAGAGCAAUGUGGACUUUGUGAAGUGGUCCUCUCAGGGGAUGCUGAGGAUGAGCCCGGAUGCUAUGAAUGCCCUCUUUAAGCCAACCAUUGACAGCAUUAUUGAGCACCUCCGGGACCUGUUUCAGAAGCCUGAGGUAUCCACGGUCAAGUUCCUCUUCCUGGUGGGCGGCUUUGCAGAAGCGCCCCUUCUGCAGCAGGCAGUGCAGGCCGCCUUCGGUGACAAGUGCAGGAUCAUCAUCCCCCAGGACGUGGGCCUCACCAUCCUCAAGGGCGCCGUCCUCUUCGGCCUGGACCCUGCGGUCAUCAAGGUGCGCAGGUCUCCUCUCACCUACGGCGUCGGUGUGCUGAACCGCUACGUGGAGGGGAAGCACCCUCCUGAGAAGCUCCUGGUAAAGGAUGGCACGCGCUGGUGCACCGAUGUGUUUGACAAGUUCAUCUCCGCCGACCAGUCCGUGGCCCUCGGGGAGCUGGUGAAGCGUAGCUACACUCCGGCCAAGCCCUCCCAGCUGGUCAUCGUCAUCAACAUCUAUAGCUCCGAGCACGACAGUGUCAGCUUCAUCACCGACCCAGGGGUGAAGAAGUGCGGCACGCUCCGCUUGGACCUCACGGGGACCAGUGCCACGGCGGUGCCUGCCCGCAGAGAAAUCCAGACCCUUAUGCAGUUUGGGGACACUGAGAUCAAGGCCACAGCCAUCGAUAUAGCCACCUCAAAGAGUGUCAGAGUGGGGAUCGACUUCUUAAAUUACUAGUGUAACCGUCGUCGUCCCGGCCCCUGGCCCCUGGGACUCCUCCGCGUCCACUGACCUCAGCCAUGACUGCUCUGUCCCUGACCCUUGACUCUUGACCCCUGACCCUUGCCACUGCCCACCUGAAUGUCGUCAGUAGGAAAGACAAGAAUCAGGGAGAAAAUUAACUAAGGAUUUUUUUUUUUUUUUGAGGGUACAUUGGAGUCAGAAAAACUCAGUAACUAAUAUCAUGAUUUGGAAACAGGAAGCAGUUCAAGGGUCCUGCAGCAGCAGCUUUCAAAGGUUCCCGGAUGGUCAAAGGUUUCCUCCUGGGUGAGGAAAUUGGUGCAGUUUGCUUGACUUAGGACACCCAUUGCUGUGUCCUUGGAUUUGAAGUGAUAUCCUUGAGCCAGGAGGGGAUCUUCAUCACAUGUCUUUUUAAAUUAUCUUGGAAGGCAGUGACUAGGAAAUACAGCUACCUGCUGUUAAUUUCUUCUCUUUUUCACAGGACUCAAAGCGAUGACUCUGUGGCAACUUACAGUAUUUUUUUUUCUUUUUUUUUUUUUUAAGCUAGUGGGAGAAGACCGCCCACACUGAGCACCUUUUUAGGUUCUCAUAUAAUUUAGAUUACAAGGAGGCUCAAUGACGGAUAGGGCAGCCUUGGCUAACUCAACCACGAUAUGAGGUGGGGAGAAAAAUGCUGAUACCUCGAUUUUCCAGAGCAGUGAAAGCUUGCUUUGGUGGAAACGCACACUGAAGAGUUAGUGACUUGCCCCAAAUUACAGCAGUUCCCUCUAGUCUGUAGAAUAUACAUUCUGAGAUUCCCCAGUGGAUACCCCGAGUGGCAGAUAGUACCAAACCUUUUUUUCUAUACUUCCAUACCUAUGAUAAAAUUCAAUUUAAUAAAGUAAUAAGAUAUUAGCAACAAUAACUAAUGGUGAAAUAGGACAGUAAUGAGAACACUUUGAUAAAAUUUAUACAAACGUGGUCUGUCUCCGUAUAUCUUACUAUACUAUACUAUUAUGCAUUUUUGGACCACAGCUGCCUGGGGUUAAUUCAGACCCAGCAAAUGAGGACACGGAUCAAAGGGUGAUUCUCAGAACAGCAGACCUUGAGUCCACAGGUCCUAAUUAAUGUAGGGAUCUUAGUAGGGAUUUAAUUGGAGAGAAUGAGGUUUCCAUUUGCCCUGC